AUGAACCUGGGACCUCUCGGGCAUAUCGCCGAUACCCCUUUUGGAAUAACAAGCCCUCCCAAGAAGAAACCAGACCCAGUUACAUCCGAGACUGUUGUUUUCUGGGGGCUUCGGUUAUGGCAAGUCAUUGGAGUUUUUUCAAUGUUCGUUUUGGCAGUUAUAAUCACAUUGUGUUGCAUCUUCAAAUGUCGAAUCCCAAGGACGAAAAAGGAGAUUGAGGCACGCUUUGCACAAAGACAAGCAGCUAAAAAGUACGCCGACACACUGGAAACCGUACCGCCGCUAAACGAACUGACAGACAUACCCGGAGCUGCAAAACCCGAAGAAAAUAAAGCAGAAGUGCCCACAGUUUCUGGGAAAGUGGGUGGGGAUAAGGCAGGAGGCAACAAGAAAGAUGGCAACAAGAAGAAGAAGGAAGGGAGCAAAAGCACCAAGGAAGGGGCAAAGGCCGAGGGAAAGGGCAAGGAAGGAACCGGCAAGAAGGCAGGAGAGAAGGGAGGUGAAAAGGGACUGCCAAAGAAAGAAGGACCUGCAAAGGGAGGAAAAGCAGCUGGCAACAAGGGAGGAGAAAGAGCCAAUGCUAAAGGGGGAGCUAAGAAACCGCCAGCAAAGAAGUAA